AUGAGCAAGAGUGUUAGAGACCGUGAUGACCCGUCAAGUUCAUCAAAUCCAAAGCCCCUAGGAAACCCCCAGAGCCCCCCCAAACCCGUCGCCGUCCCGGAACCCGAACCCGCUAAGGUUGAAUCUAAUCACCCCCCUCCCCAACCCGACCCUGACCCUAACCCUAACCCUAACCCUAACCCAAAACCCAAACCCAAGAAACCCCACCACGUACGCCGCCUCUCCGGCGCCGCCGGACUCCAGGUCGACUCCGUCCUCAAGCGCAAGACCGAAAACCUAAAGGACGUUUAUACCCUCGGCCGCAAGCUCGGCCAGGGACAGUUCGGGAUCACCUACCUCUGCGUCCACAAGACCACUGGCGUUGAGUACGCUUGCAAAUCAAUCUUAAAGCGGAAGCUCACCACCGAUGAGGAUGUUGAGGAUGUGAGGAGAGAGAUUCAAAUAAUGCACCAUUUGUCCGGGCACGCGAAUGUGAUAUCGAUAUGUGGGGCUUACGAGGAUUCUUUGGCGGUGCACGUGGUGAUGGAGCUUUGUGCGGGUGGGGAGCUUUUUGAUAGGAUUAUAGAGAAGGGGCAUUAUACAGAGAAGAAGGCGGCAGAGCUUGGGAGGGUGAUUGUUGGGGUUGUGGAGGUUUGUCAUUCGCUUGGAGUGAUGCAUAGGGACCUCAAGCCAGAGAAUUUCUUGUUUGUGAGUACGGAGGAGGAGGCUAAGCUUAAGACUAUUGAUUUCGGUCUGUCGAUUUUCUUCAUGCCAGGAGAUAAAUUUACGGACGUUGUUGGUAGCCCCUAUUAUGUUGCACCCGAAGUUUUGAGGAAACAUUAUGGUCCCGAAGCUGACGUGUGGAGCGCUGGUGUGAUUAUCUACAUCCUUCUUAGUGGGGUGCCCCCAUUUUGGGGAGAAACCGAGCAAGCUAUAUUCGAACAGGUUUUACAUGGGAAGCUCGACUUUGAGACAGAUCCAUGGCCUAGCAUCUCUGAAGGUGCCAAAGAUUUAGUAAAGAGAAUGCUUGUCAGAGACCCUAAAAAAAGGUUGACUGCUCAUGAAGUUCUCUGUCAUCCAUGGCUUCAAGUUGGUGGUCUGGCUCCUGAUAAGCCACUAGAUGCUGCAGUUUUAUCUCGUUUGAAGCAAUUUUCUGCAAUGAAUAAACUCAAAAAGAUGGCCCUUAGAGUUAUUGCUGAGAGCCUCUCUGAAGAGGAAAUCGCUGGCCUCAAAGAAAUGUUCAAGAUGAUAGACACCGACAACAGUGGACAAAUUACUUUUGAAGAACUAAAGGUUGGGUUGGAGAGAGUGGGUGCUCACAUGAAGGAAUCAGAAAUUUACUCCCUAAUGCAGGCAGCGGAUGUGGAUAACAAUGGUACCAUAGACUAUGGGGAAUUCAUAGCUGCCACCCUACAUAUGAACAAGAUAGAAAGGCAGGACCAUUUAUUUGCAGCCUUCUCAUAUUUUGAUAAAGAUGGAAGUGGCUUCAUUACUGCAGACGAGCUUCAACAAGCUUGUGAUGAGUUUGGUGUUGAAGAUGUUCGGAUAGAAGAUAUGAUGAGAGAAGUAGAUCAAGAUAGCGAUGGGCGGAUUGAUUACAAUGAGUUUGUCGCCAUGAUGCAAAAAGGAAAUGCUGGAUUUGGCAAGAAAGGUUUACAGGAUAGUUACAGCAUGGGAUUUAGGGAAGCAUUAAAGCUUGGUUGAACUCAUAGCAGCAAUGAGUUUUGACCUUUUUCCAUAGAAAAUUCCCCCCCUACUUUUUGUACAUUUCCUAUUAGGGCUGUAAAAUUAUAAACAUACAUGAGUAAGCAUUGUAAAGUUUCUUAUUACUUGUUAGAAAUGAAUGAUUCCAGUUAUUAUCCUGUUCC